AUGUCUAACCCUUUUGACCUAUUAGGUAACGACGUCGAAGACUCUACUGUAACUACAGCUCCACCAAAGGAGAUCAUCAAGAAGACUACCUCCUCAAAGAAGGCCGAUGUGCCACCACCAUCAGCUGACCCAUCUAAAGCUAAAAAUAACAGACCAAAACCUUCUGGCAACGACGCUGCUUUCAAAGACAAGCAAGCUGGUAGAUCCCAAAACAAGAAUAAGGAUGCACCUGUUGCUGGGAAAGGUAGAGAAAACAAGCCUUACGACCGUCACUCCAGAACUGGCAAAACUGACUCUGCAAAGAAGAUCAAGCAAGCUUGGGGUGACAAUGAGAAGCAACUAGCUGAUGAAGAGGCUGGUGCUGCUAUUGCUGAAGCUGAAUUGGCUGCUGAAGACGUCGAGGAACAACAACCCGCUGCUAUUUCUUUAGAGGCUUAUUUGAACGAGCAGAAUGCUGAGAAAUUGAACAGCACUGUUAUUCCGCAAAAAGUUGAGAAAUUGGAAGAUGCUGAGCUAUUUGUUAAGAAGGAGCAAGUGUUUGUUGAACCUGCCAAGGUUAAGACCCACAAGCCAAAACAAGUUAAGACCAAGCAAUACCUGGAAUUUGAUGGUACUGAAACCUUCCCUGCUCCAAACAGAGGCCAAAGCUCUAGAAGAGGAGGCAGAGGUGGUAAGAAAGGAGGUAAGAGAGGAUCUCACAAUGCUCCAAAGCAACCAAUCAAAGCUGACUUCCCAGCCUUGGUUUAA